GGAGUUGUUGGUGUAAGUUAUGAUGGAAUACAAUCUAGGGUUAACGCAGCUUGUCCCAAACGUUGUAUGGUUGGUGAUAACCUUUGCUAUGUACAGCCGAGCUUGGAGGGUGUUGUUCCCAACUACAAACAUCUUCAAAUACUUCUAUGUAUUGAAGGCCGAGAGUGCAAGGGAGAAGGGAUGGUAUUACUUUACUGCCCGAGUGUCUACAAGGAGAAUUAGGGGUUGUUUAGCGCUAGACCGUCUUCCAUUAAAGGAUGGAAAGAUAAGUUCUUUUUUGUGGGUGACACCAGAUCGACAAGACAGACAUCGAGGUGGAGAACUUAAGUUGGUGGAAGGCAAAAGGGGCAAAUCCAUACAAGUACAGUCUAACCCCGAGCUCGGAAAUGUGGAGGGUGAGGUUAUGACGAAGGCUAGGGAGGACGAGCCUGUUGCUACCAAAAGGAGAAGGGUAAAAAGACAACAACCAGAGUCUAGAGAGGAGAUUGCGGAGUUCAUCCCUCCACUUCCUCCUGUUGAAGCCGAGCCAUCAGUUUGGGAAGCAGAGGUUGUACCUCAGGGCAGGGGGAUGGGAUAUGUUCCUUUGCCAACAUUGUGCUUCUAUAAGGCUGGGAUUAGAAGCACGCUGAAGAGGUUUAUCAACACCUACUUCCCAAAAGUUGCGAAUCUCGUCAACACAUUGUUGAACGAGUUCUUUGAGAGCCUAAAAGAAAGAACUGAGGUGAAUAAAGAAAAUGCCAAGCUAGUCAAGAAAAACGAGGAGGCCGAUCGAGAAAAGGUGAACUUGACCUCAAAGGCAUAUAGCAGACAACAUCGUCAACCUAUACCGGCUCCCAAUUGCAAUUGUUACUUCUCUAAUGGCCGAAAGAAGGUGAAGUUGCAGUAUCCUAUGGUCGAUGUGACGAAAAUCACUUUUGGGGAUCAAGAGGAAGAGGUCGAAGAGAACGGGGAGAGCAGCAUUAUUGAUUUCCAUCUCGAGGUCGAACUAAAAUGGGAUUGAGACAAUCAAGGUCAAGCCAUUUUUUUGCUGAACUUUGAUUUUAAGUUUGUGGUGGUGGAUCACGAAGAGAGCGGAAAUGUUGAUAAGCCAGACUAACGUACUGAGUAGCUCCUUACUUCGUUCAUUUAGAUAGUUUUUGUAAACAUUUAUUUAUUUAUAAACAAUUUGACCCAUUUAAUGAAUUCAAAUUUUAAUA